AUGGACAGUUUAAUAAAGGAAACUACUCCCCAGUUAUCACGGAAAAGAACACAACAAAAAGAGGAUUGGAAAUGCAACAAAUUGAAGAAGGAAAGGUAUACUCCAAAAGAGCCACCAAAUUUAAGACUUCCAUGUGACCACUACACCAAAGCAUACAGGUGCACUUCAUUGAAUCAUGCUGACAUAAUAGCAAUGAAUAAAGCUUUCUACAAAAAGCCGGACAAAAUUUAUCAAGAUAAUUUUAUAAUUAAUCAUACAAAAGUUACUACUACUCAGUGA